GUCUCUCACCACUCCCCAUUUUCAACCUUCAUUCUUUCAUCUAAUCUUAUCGCGCGAAACGAAAUCAAACCCCAGUUAAUCGUAAAUCCGGCUGGCUGGAAACUCCGAUUGAUGGCUCCGCGGAAGAGGACGAGCUCGGGAGGCAAGAAGUCGAGCAAUCCGAAUCGCGAGCCGCAGCAAUCUGAGCCCUCCAAAUUCGGUAUACAGCACUUCUUUGAGCGCCACUCCCAGACCCAGAGCCAGAAAACCCUCUCCCAGAAUAGAGAUGACGACCCCACAGGUGGUUCUGCCGCCAAUCGAAACUCCCGGAUUGUGAAUCGUGCUGAAGUGGGGCCGGGGAAUCCUGGCGGUGCGGCUAGCUUAGGGAAGAUUGAGUCACGAACUGAAUGUGUGAGGGGUGUAAACCCUGGAAGUAAUUUGGUUAAUGCGAGUGACUUUGUUUCUCGAAAUGAUAAAAGCGGAAGCGAUGUGCCUGUGGAUGAUCAUAUUGGUUUAUGCCGUGAGAGUUCUACCAAAAGUUGUGAUGAUGGAGUUGUAGAUGUAAAUAAAGUGGAAAAGACAGAAAAUUUGUUGAAAGCUGAGGUCUCUACUCGAUCUCCGGAUACACUGCGAGAUAAUUUAUUGCCGGUGGUGUUUGAUGAUGAGGAGAAUCAACUGGAGGUGACACCAGAGACUUCCAAGUCUGUCUCCGUUAAGCGUUUCAAGUUUUCACCUGGAAUGCUAAUCAAGCAGAGCCAGGAUGACAUGGUUGAUGAGGUGACAUGGAAAAUUUCUCCAGUAAAUGAGAGGCUGCAUGCUAUGUCUAAAAAUUUACCUGGGAGGAUAAGGGUGUUGGCAGAUUCUACAAGGUUUAAUUCAAUGAAUUUUCAAGAAUGCUCACAGGAAAAGGUGAAAAUCUCUCCUAACAUGUCAGGAAAGCUUGAAAAGUGGCUUUCGUCACCUCCACUAAAGGCGCAUAAGAAACCUUUGAUAUGCUCUGAUGGGCUUGCGUCAAGAAAGCUCAACCAAGGUCAUGAUUUAAGUUGUCAUGGACAUCAAAGAAUUUCGAAUAGCACUGAUAAAUCUGAGUUACGUGAUUCUCAGAGCCCGUUCACUACCCCACCCUCACUAUCUUGUUGUCCUGAUAAGGCUGUUGAAGAAGUGGAUCUCAAAGGGGUAUCCAACCAGCUGGGUUCAAGGCAGCACAAAAAGGCUUUAAUUGAACUCCUAGAUCAAGUAGAGGAUGUAAUUUCCGUUGAAAGUUUAUCAAGUAAAGACCGUAGAUCAAUUGCUGAAAGUUCAUCAAGUAAAGAUGGUAGAUCACACUUAGAUGUUGAAGGAUGCCCCAGAGCUGAUCUUGUUGUACACUACUCGACAACAAAUUCAGAAGAAAAUAGAUCCACUACAGACUCUAAUUUCAAUUUUCUUGUAUUGGAGGUUUCAGAAAAGCAUGGACCUUCUGGGUCAUCUGGUCCUCCAUCCCGUUUCAAGGUGCUACGCUUAUUGAAUGAGCAAAAUGGAGCUGAACGGGUCUUGCAAUUGUGGGAUGACUGGUACUUCAGUGUCGUUGCUCCUGGAGACACUGUUAAUGUCAUUGGUGAAUUUGAUUCCAAGGGGAAGUGUGAUGUCAACCGUGAGAAGAACUUUUUCAUCGUCCACCCAGAUAUCUUGGUAUCUGGAACUCGGGUUUCUGCUAGUUUCAGCUGCCCAAGGCGCACUAUCCUGGAUGAGAGGAUAAAAAGCACCGAGAAUUCAACAGCAGCAUUGAUGGGUACUUUAUUGCAUCAGCUUUUUCAGGCUGGCCUCAUCAGUGAAACCCCCUCGAAAGAAUUUUUAGAAGAAUAUGCCAGAACGGUGCUUCAGAAAAGUCUUGAGAGUCUUUAUGCAUGUGGAGUGAAUGAAAAUGAUAUUUUCAGAACUAUGAUUGAGGCAAUCCCAAAAUUAUUGAAUUGGAUAUCUUCCUUUCGAGAUUCACAGGAUUCGAAAAGCCCAACCGUCGACUUUAAAUGUGAUGAAGGACUUAAGAAGGUCAAAAUAUGUGAGGUAAUCGACAUUGAAGAAAUGGCCUGGGGCCAAAGGUAUGGAUUGAAAGGAAUGAUUGAUGCUUCUGUCCGAGUUAGAACAAACACAAAUUCUGCAGAAGCUAAUGAAGUAAUUAUGCCUCUGGAGUUCAAAACUGGAAAGGCGACAACUGGACAGGCAGCUAUGGAGCACAGUGCACAAGUUAUGCUAUAUACUCUCCUGAUGUCAGAGCGAUACAUGAUGAACAUUGAAUAUGGUCUUCUUUAUUAUCUUCACACAGAUCAAACACAGGGAAUCUCUAUUAGAAGAUCUGACUUAAUAGGGCUUAUUAUGCAACGCAAUGCACUGGCAAAUGAUCUGCUUAAGGCAUCAACAACUCAGCAAUUGCCACCAAUGCUACAAAGUCCAAAUGUUUGCAGAAGUUGCCGGCACCUGAAUGUCUGCAGUGUUUAUCACAAGGCAAAUGGUGGUACUGCCGAAGGAAGUGGACUGGGUGACAUGUAUGAUUCACUUGUCUCCCAUUUAACCCAAACACAUGCAAUUUUUCUCCAGAAAUGGGAGAGACUAAUUGAUCUGGAGGCUAAACAUGUGGAGAUUGCAAAGAAGGAGAGCUGGCUCUCUAACAGUUCCAGGAAUAACCACCAUCCCAUUUCUCUAUCAUCCCUGGUUCUUGAUAAUUCAGAUAAAUCAUCAGAGAGAAAACUUUUCAGAGGAAACCGAUUUGUUUACCGCUUUGUGUCUCAUGAAUACCCUUUGCUUGAUGCUGAACAACCAAAUCGCGAUACAUUAUGUGCUUCCUCUCUGUUAGAACAUACGUUCCGGAAUGGGGAUUAUGUGAUAUUAAGCACUGAACCAGAUCAUCUACGAGUUGCUAAUGGGAUCAUUGUGGACAUCGGUAACUUCCAUGUCUCUGUAUCUUUGGGUAAGCGAUUAAGGCUUCCAGGCCAUAGUCCUAGGUCAAUGACAGAAGAUCUCCGUCAGCAAUCCUGGCGAAUUGACAAAGAUGAAAGUUUGACAUCAUUUGCAAUCAUGAGGUUCAAUCUUAUUCAACUCUUUUUGCAAAAUGAAAGUAGUUCUUGUCUGAGGAAGAAGGUUGUGGAACUUGAGAUGCCUAGAUUUGAUAGUGGCUGCAUAUUUAGUCAAGAUCCUGCUAUCUCAUAUGUCUGGUCGGAGAAAAGUUUAAAUGAUGAUCAAAGAAGAGCUAUACUCAAGAUACUCACAGCUAAGGAUUAUGCUCUUAUUCUUGGAAUGCCUGGGACAGGCAAAACAUCCACCAUGGUACAUGCUGUGAAGGCUUUGCUGCUAAGAGGUGCAUCCAUUUUGCUCACAUCCUACACAAACUCGGCCGUUGACAAUUUACUAAUCAAAUUGAAAGCUCAGGGCGUAGAUUUUAUAAGAAUUGGAAGGUACGAGGCGGUGCAUGAGGAAGUUCAAGAGAAUUGCUUAUCAGUUGUGAAUAUGGAUAGCACCCAGGAGAUUAAGGAAAGGCUGGAAAAAGUUAAAGUUGUUGCUGUUACUUGCUUGGGAAUAACUAGCCCUUUGCUAACUAACAAGAGAUUUGACAUAUGCAUCAUGGAUGAAGCAGGACAGAUAACACUACCGGUAUCCUUGGGCCCACUAGCAUUUGCGUCAAGAUUUGUUCUUGUUGGGGAUCAUUAUCAAUUACCUCCACUUGUCCAGAGUCCAGAGGCUAAGGAGAACGGAAUGAGUGUGAGCCUCUUUUGCAGGCUCUCUGAAGCACAUCCACAUGCGAUUGCAGCUUUGCAUUUCCAGUACCGGAUGUGUGCAGCCAUAAUGGAACUCUCAAAUGCCUUGAUAUAUGGAAAUCGAUUGCGUUGUGGUUCUACGGAAAUAGAGAAUGCAAAGCUCAAGUACAGGACUUCAGCUUCUUCACCUGCAUGGCUGAUGAAGCAGGUUUUGGAUCCAAACCAACCUGUGAUAUUUAUCAACACAGAUUUGUUGCCUGCAUAUGAGAGUAAUGACCGCAAAGCUCUAAACAACCCAAUUGAGGCACAUAUUAUUGCAGAGGCCGUUAAAACUCUAGUACUUAGAGGCAUUGAAGGGCAGGCUAUUGGCAUUAUUACUCCUUAUAACUCUCAGGCUAAUCUCAUUCGAGGAGCUGUUACUGAACAUGUGGAGAUCCAUACCAUAGACAAAUAUCAGGGCAGAGAUAAGGACUGCAUAUUGGUGUCCUUCGUGAGGUCCUCCGAAACCCCUAGGAACAGCACAUCUUCACUUCUCGGAGACUGGCACAGAAUAAACGUAGCCCUUACACGAGCCAAGAAGAAGUUGAUCAUGGUGGGGUCAUGCAGAACUCUGUCGAAAGUGCCAUUGCUAAAACUCAUGAUUGAGAAGGUGGAAGAGCUUUGUGGUAUGGUGGUGGUUUCAAAGAAGGAAAUCAAAUACCAACUUGAGCUAAAGAGAUGCUCUCAGCUCAGCUGACUUCUUUUCUACCUUGCUCUUAUGUAAUUCGUAUUUUUGGGCAAUUUUGUAGAAUAUUUUGAUGCCAAUAAAAUCUCCUUUAUCUGCCA